AUGUCUCAAGGAUCCACAGAAGAUUUACGGACAGUGGAUGAUUUUGUCCUCUCUGAAAUUUUUUAUACUGCGUGCCUGGAGACGCUUUUAUCUGCUUACAUUAUUCCACUUAGUAACACUGCUGGAUUUCCUUCCACUUGUUCUAACACAUUUUCAUCAUUUUCUUGCAGUGAGGAUUUCGGGUCACUACUUUCCACAUUCGGUGUAGACAUUCUUGAGGUAUUAUCCUGCCAUCGCGCUCUCAUUAACGCAUUACAAAUACCCAGACAGAAGGGAAGUAACAGUAGUGCGAAAAGUGAUAAUAUCUCUCCUUAUGAAGCCUUGUUAAAUCAAGAGAAGAAUCCUUGCAGUGAUAUUAUUUAUUUGCUACGCACAGGGGUGCCGGCAAUGCGUGUAGCAUACCAAAAAUACGUUUUAAACUUUGAUACUAAUGUUAAAUUGAGUGAUUUAGCAAGGAGUUUUUUGUCUGCAGAUGUGUGGAACAAAAUUUAUUUUAAUCUUGCUCGUAGUACACUUCUCAAUUCACUUUUCUGUAUGGGAGUGGAUAAAAAGAGUGCAAUACUAUUUUCAGAUUGUUGUAACAUUUCUUUCGAAGCUCUUAUCGUUCUACCUAUUCAGCAUAUCACUCGUUAUCCAAUUUAUGUUAAAGAUUUAAUUGAAGCCCAUAAAGCGUUAGGAUCAGAUGUGAAUUUGACUACUUUUCAAAAUGCAGGCGAAGUUCUGAAAGAUCUAUGGGAUAUGUGUAGUGCGGCUAAUGCGGAACGAACUGCAUAUAUACAACUUCACAGACUAGCUGAACUGGAGAGAAGGUUUGGUCUGACAGGUGUUCCUUCACAAAUCAUAGCUGAGGGUGAUGAUGUGGUAAUGCGGUUUGGCAGGGAAACAAGAACAGGACAGAUUGAAGAGGGACGACGUCAUGUAAGAGUUAUUCUCCUUCAUGAUCAUAUUUUUCUUUUAUUACCACAAAAGGCUAACAGUACAAAUAGUGGAAAGUUAUUGAAAAAGAUACCGCUUACAGCUGUACUUUCUGUACGCAGUGUGAGUACUACAAAGUACUCUACAGUUUAUCUUAGUUACGCCUCUGUUUCUAACGGAGGGUGUUGGAAACGUAAUAAUAAUGUCUACUUUAUUGAGUUGUCAGUCUCGAAUGAAACUGAAGCGAUUCUUUGGGUGCGUGACAUCACUCAGGCAGUGUCUGACUUGUGUUGUCAAACGUUGUAUUUGUAA